AUGGCAAGUUAUAUCUAUUUCAUCGCCACUAGCCUCCCUGACCGCCUUGCCUCGGUUCGUGACGCACUCCUUCUGAAGCACCCUAGCGAGCUCACUAUCGAGCUGCCCACCUUUACUGCCUCCCUCGCCACUGCCGCUACCGACGUGACCGCAGCUACUAUUACGAUUUUUUCGCGGUCUAGGGGUAGGAGUGGCAGGAGGGGCAGUCAGGGUGCGGGCGGAAGUGGCGGAGGUGGCGUGUCGAGUGGUGGUGGCAGAAGUGCAGGAGUUGGAGAAGUGCCUCGUGCAGCGGCUAGCGACUCCCCUGCUGCAGCUAGUAGAGGUGACGAUCGGCGACGUCAGACACCUGCUGGACUGCCGAAUACAGGUGCUGGAGUGGUGGCUUGGUUCCUGACUCAGCGACAGAACCAGCAGCAGUAG